AGUGACGAACCACAACUCCGUGGUUUGGCCUACACUCAGCUGAUUGUCAUGUUAAACACAUAUUCCACUACUGAACACAUUUAUUGUUUUCAGGGAUUAAAUGGGAACGAGCUGUGUGAGAAAGCUCUGGAAGUCGCAGCGGACAAUCCAACUGUUCUCUGUCAUUGUGGUGGAUACUUCAUGAAUUCAGACAUUGAUAGGGCUAUGGCGUUAAUCGAAAAAUCUCUUUCAUUCAGAAAGAAUACGAUGGCUUUUCAUUAUCUUGGAAUGUGUUAUGAAAAAAAAGCCAAGAAUGCCGCCAGAGAUAUUCUAUCUCCAAAUGACAAACAACCCCGACAAAAUAACAUUGACAAAACCACAAGUUUGAGAAUGAGUAAUAUUAAUGUUUUUAAUUUAGCACGCUCUACAGGAAAUAAAAUUUACCUGGAGUCACAAGAUCAACAUAAGUUUGUUAAAGUCUAUUUGAGGAAAUCAAGCACACGAUUAGAUCAAAACUGCAGUUUAGUUGAAAAAUCUAGGGCGAGUUAUGAAGAAGCUAUCAAGUUGUCUAAAAAGAGAAAUAUCCCGUCUAUACUCAGCUUAGGCAAACUUUACAAGAGAUCAAAUCGUUUUAAAGCAGCUCUGCAGCAAUUCAGACAAAUAAUGAAUCUCGAGCAAACAAAGAUGACCUACCUGGUAACUUUAAUCACAGCCUAUGAAGAGUCUGGUAUUUGUUUGUUAGAGCUUAGUCAAAUCUAUCCAGAGAAAAGUCAGAAAUAUUAUGAACAAGGGAAAGAAUACCUCACCAAGGCUAUCAGUCUUGCUGCUGAUCUCGCAUCCAUGAAGCCAGGUCCAAAACAGUGUGAAACAUUUGUAAGGAAAUCAUUUGAAAUAUUAAAAGAUGACAUCGACCGGAUGAAUGAUUGUGAAGAUAAGGACAAGGAGUACAUCCGACUUUUAAAAUUAGUAAACGAUUACAGGGGCAUUGUAUCUGCCAUUGAUGAAAUG